GUGGCGCCAAAGCCUCUUCCGGUCCUACUCACGUUGCCGCUUCUCUCGCGUCAACGCCAGGAUGAAGCCGAUCCUGCUGCAGGGCCAUGAACGAUCCAUUACGCAGAUUAAGUACAACCGCGAGGGAGACCUCCUCUUCACGGUGGCCAAGGACCCUAUUGUCAAUGUGUGGUACUCCGUGAAUGGUGAGAGGCUGGGCACUUACAUGGGCCAUAGUGGAGCUGUGUGGUGUGUAGACGCUGACUGGGAUACCAAACAUGUCCUUACCGGCUCAGCUGAUAAUAGCUGUCGUCUCUGGGACUGUGAAACAGGGAAGCAGCUGGCCCUACUCAAGACCAAUUCAGCUGUCCGGACGUGUGGCUUUGAUUUUGGGGGCAACAUCAUCAUGUUCUCCACAGACAAACAGAUGGGCUACCAGUGCUUUGUGAGCUUCUUUGACCUGCGGGAUCCAAGCCAAAUUGACAACAAUGAGCCCUACAUGAAGAUCCCUUGCAACGACUCCAAGAUCACCAGUGCUGUUUGGGGACCCCUGGGGGAGUGCAUCAUCGCGGGUCAUGAAGGCGGGGAGCUCAACCAGUAUAGUGCCAAGUCUGGAGAAGUACUGGUGAAUGUUAAGGAGCACUCCCGGCAGAUCAAUGAUAUCCAGUUAUCCAGGGACAUGACCAUGUUUGUCACUGCUUCCAAGGACAACACAGCUAAGCUCUUUGACUCCACAACUCUUGAACAUCAGAAGACUUUCCGGACAGAACGUCCAGUCAACUCAGCUGCCCUCUCUCCCAACUAUGACCAUGUGGUGCUGGGUGGUGGUCAGGAAGCCAUGGAUGUAACCACCACCUCCACCAGGAUUGGCAAGUUUGAAGCCAGGUUUUUCCACUUGGCCUUUGAAGAAGAGUUUGGAAGAGUCAAGGGUCACUUCGGACCCAUCAACAGCGUUGCCUUCCAUCCGGAUGGCAAGAGCUAUAGCAGCGGCGGUGAAGAUGGUUAUGUCCGCAUCCACUACUUCGACCCACAGUACUUUGAAUUUGAGUUUGAGGCUUAAGAAGCUUGGAUCUCCAUCAGGACCAGGGGAAAUUUCUGGGCCAGGGCUCACAAAGUUUUGGACUCUGAGAAGUAAAUUAGUUUGGAAAUAAGUGGUUUCUGGUCAGAAAUUUUGUGGGGACUAUUUCAUUCAUUUCCCUUCUUAGUGA